AGAGCAAACAACAUUUCCUCAGUCACUGUCUAAGCUUGUACUUGUCACUUGCCGGCAAGUGACAGAAUCAUGUUAUACAAGUAAUGACCAGGAAGUAAAACGGAUUAAAAGUGCGCGGUAAAAGCGCACGUUACUACCAAGAGGGGAAGGCGAGGGGACUUUCUAGGCUAUUAUAAGUAAUGGGGAAGGAAGGAAUGUAGCAUACAUUUGCAAUAGCUGAAGGGAUAUCAGUGGGACUGGUUAUGAAGUACAUCUGAUAUCCAUUUGCCCACAGCUUCUCAGCGGGUGGCCUUUCUUUCUUGUUUAUCAGCUGAUCUCUUGACACGAAAAAAUGAAGGACAAGGAUUAUAAAGCAGGAAUGCAUUCAGACAAGUCUAUAAGGGUGGUCCCUGUUGCUUUAAUGCUCCUAUCUUUAUGUGCCAUUUCAUUUUAUUUUGGGGGCAUGUUUUGCUCUCAGAAGGAAAGAUAUCUUCUAGAACAAGAAGUAUCACAUGCCCCUGUACAAGUGAGCUGCUCAGCUGCUGAAGAGAAGGCAAUAACAUUUGAAGAAUGCAGCAGCGAAUAUCAAGAUUAUACUCCAUGCACAGACCCACAGAGAUGGAGGAAGUAUGAUAUACACAGGUUGGCAUUUAGGGAGCGACACUGUCCACCACUUUCUGAAAGAAUUGAUUGCCUAAUCCCUCCACCAGAGGGUUACAAGCUACCUAUUAGAUGGCCAACAAGCAAGGAUGAGUGUUGGUACAGGAAUGUUCCCUAUGAAUGGAUUACCAAUGAAAAAUCCAACCAGAAUUGGGUGCGGAAGGAAGGGGAGAAGUUUCUCUUUCCAGGUGGAGGUACAAUGUUCCCCAGAGGGGUCAGCGAAUAUGUGGAUCGAAUGGAAGAUUUGAUUCCAGGAAUGAAAGAUGGUACUGUUCGAACUGCUCUUGAUACCGGAUGUGGGGUUGCAAGUUGGGGUGGUGAUUUGCUGGGUCGUGGAAUUAUCACAUUGUCUCUGGCACCCAGAGAUAAUCAUGAAGCUCAGGUGCAGUUUGCACUUGAACGGGGAAUUCCUGCAAUUCUUGGUAUCAUCUCCACACAGCGGCUUCCAUAUCCAUCCAAUGCAUUUGACAUGGCUCACUGCUCUCGCUGUCUCAUUCCUUGGACAGAAUUUGGUGGAGUAUACCUUUUGGAAAUAGAUAGAAUACUGCGGCCAGGGGGUUUCUGGGUGCUAUCUGGACCACCAGUUAACUAUGAAAAUAGAUGGCGAGGAUGGAACACAACCGUAGAGGAUCAGAAGGCUGACUAUGAUGCCCUUCAAGGUCUCUUAACUAAGAUGUGCUAUACACUAUACAAUAAAAAGGAUGACAUUGCCGUAUGGCAGAAGCCAUUGGACAAUGAGUGCUAUGCUAGCCGUAGUGAAACAGUCUAUCCCCCAAAAUGUGAUGAUAGCAUUGAACCAGAUGCAGCAUGGUAUGUUCCUAUGCGAGCUUGCAUAGCUACAAGAAAUCCAAACUUCAAGCGCUUGGGCGUAGGACAGACUCCAAAGUGGCCACAACGCUUGCAGGUAGCCCCAGAGCGAGUUCGUACAGUCUCUGGUGGUAGUGAUGGUGCAUUCAAGCAGGACACAACCAAAUGGGUUAAACGUGUUAAGUAUUAUAAGAGACUGGUGCCUGAUCUUGGAACAGACAAGAUAAGGAAUGUUAUGGAUAUGAACACCCUUUAUGGAGGUUUUGCUGCAGCUCUGAUAGAUGACCCUGUAUGGGUCAUGAAUGUGGUCUCCUCAUAUGGCCUGAAUUCUUUGAAUGUUGUCUAUGAUCGAGGAUUAAUUGGUGCUAUUAAUGACUGGUGUGAAGCAUUUUCAACCUAUCCUAGAACCUAUGAUCUCUUGCAUCUUGAUGGUCUUUUCAGUGCAGAAAGUCACAGGUGUGAGAUGAAAUUCGUUUUGCUGGAAAUGGACCGAAUACUCAGACCUACUGGCUUUGUCAUAAUGCGUGAAUCCCCACAUUUUGUGAAUAGUGUAUACAAUCUAGCCAAAGGAAUGAGAUGGAAUUGCGAGAAGAAGGAUGCAGAAAAUGGUGAAAAUGAAAAAGAAAGGAUUCUCAUUUGUCAGAAAAAGAAUUGACGGUCUUCAAAAGCAGAUCAAUGAUCAGGACCUAAAAUUGUAAGGUCAACAUUUAAUGGCGAGCAGUUUGGCAUCGGUAAACCCGAUAGUGAAUCUAAUAAUGGGAAAGUGGAUGCCUUGCCGAAGAACCUGGUUUGGCUUUUUGUUUAGGACCAUUAUCUGCAAGUACCAUAGCAGUAUCAAUUUAUGAGUUGGAUAAGAUGCAUUUCUGAGCCAUUAUAAUGCCAAUGAUCUGAUGCCAAAUGUAUUCUACUUCCAGUGGGAUAUAACAGUGCUUACUGGAACAUCUCCUGCAGAUAGGAGCUAUUAAAUCUUAUUCAUUCAUUUUAUUUUGAAAUUGUAAGGUAUUCUUUAUAUCUGCAGCCUUCCAAAAGGAGGAAGGGAUUUGGGCCUGCACAUCCCUUGCACUGUAAUAUGUUUGAGAACUCUUAUUGAUUUCAAUGCCUAAUAUAUUUCUCUAA